AUGAGAAUGGUGCGACCCAGCUGCCUGCUUACUUGCUGCCUCCUUGGAGCCCUGCUCCUCAUUGUUCCCGCUACUUCUUACCCCAGUCCCAACAACAACUACCGCGAGGAAGGCCAGUAUGAACCAGAAGAAAUCAUGGACAUGCUAAACCGCCUCGGAAACCUUAUCCAAAUUGAACGCAAAAUGGAGAACUUCAAAGAUGACAUUACUAGCGAGAAGCGAGCUCUGGACCUGGGUCUCAGCCGUGGAUACUCCGGCGCUCUCCAAGCCAAGCACCUCAUGGGACUCGCGGCCGCCAACUACGCCGGUGGCCCUGGCAGGAGGCGUCGUGAUGCCCACUAA